GGGCACCGGGUCAUCUGGCGCUGGAUCGUCUGGCUCGACAGCGGGCAUCGGGUCACCAGGCAUGACAGCGGGCACUGGUUCAUCAGGCAUUGGAUCGUCUGGCUCGACAGCGGGCAUCGGGUCACCAGGUAUGACCGCGGGCACUGGGUCAUCAGACGUGAUAUGAUCAUCAGGCUGGAUCAGUUCAUCAGGCUGGGUACAGACAUCAGGCUGGGUACAGGCAUCAGGCUGGUGCGGGUGCCGAGGCACCAGGCUGAACCACGGAAGGCAGGUUCUCAGACGACAGGCUCACCGGUUUGGAUACUGGCAGGAUGGUAUUGGUUGGAAAGAAUUUCUGCUUUUUUCUGGUUUUAACUACUGGG